AUGGACGACAUAUGUGUGGCAAAUAACCAAUUCACCAUCAGUCUUGUGAAUGCAAUGGGGAGUGAUCAGAACAUGGCCGUGUCUCCAUUAGCCAUCUUCACUUCUUUAGCAAUGAUUUAUCUUGGAGCAAAGGGUACGACCGAAUCCCAACUAAAACAGAUACUUCAUCUAGAAAAUGAUGAAGAUACUCAUUCUGCAUUAAAGGAUCUAAUAUUUGCAUUAAAUAUAUAUGAUGACUAUGUACUUGACAUUAUAAGCCAGCUGUUUGUGGACCAGCCCUUUAACAUCUCUCAGACAUACUUAAAUGCUUCUAAAACGUGGUACAACUCAGAGCCAGAAAAAGUGAACUUCAGACACAAUCCAGAAAAUGCAAGCAAACAAAUUAAUGAGUGGAUCAAGGAAAAGACCGGAGGUAUGGUAAAAGACUGGUUAGGGGAAAAUUCAAUUUCUGCGGAUGCUAAACUUGUUGUAAUAAAUACAAUGAACCUAUUGGCAAACUGGACACAGACCUUCCCUCACUAUAAAACUGACUUGGAACCAUUUACAUUGAGUACAAAUGAACUUGUAACUGUAGAGAUGAUGUCCACAUCAGGUACAUUUCGUUUUCGCAAUGCGAGUGAUGAAGGGGUCAGCAUCCUUCAGCUGCCUUAUGGAAAAAAUCAAGGGCUCUCUUUAUUCAUUGUACUUCCUGAGCAAGGGUUAGAGGUGAAAAAGGUUGAAAAAUACUUGGACUAUGAAAAAAUGGUGGAUUGGACCAAUUCAUCAAAAAUGGAGGAAAGAUUUGUUGAUGUGUAUGUCCCUCAUAUUAAAAUCAACGGAAGUGUUCCCCUCAAAGAUACUUUAUCAAAAAUGGGAAUGCCUCAGGUUUUUAGUGACAAGGCCAACUUCUCAGGAAUAGCUCAGGGUCCUUUAUAUGUGUAUGAUGUGAUUCACAAGGCCUACCUGAAAAUUGGUGAGGAUGGUUUGGAAAAUGAAGAUGUUAAUGCAGAUGACAUAGCAACUCUUAGUUUAGUUAUGCCAGAUGUUGCUUUUAAAGCCAAUCGCGCAUUUCUCUUCAUCAUCCAUGAGAAGGCUACAAACUGUGUUCUGUUAUAUGAUUACAGCCGUCCAUCAAGACAGGACCAGCAGACCAAGGACCCUCCUAAAUAG